AUGGAGGUAGCCAAGUGGAAACCUAAUCAGGUGAUGAUUCGCGUCAGUGGAUGGAUGGCGGAACACGGUCCGAGUCUGACUAUCCAGAAGACUGAGGUCGUCGUACUGACGGCCAAAAGAGUAGACACCAUCAUUCCGCUGCAGAUGGGAAAUCAGGAGACCGUGACAAAGAGAGCUAUGAAGAAAGCGACCGAAAAGGCUGCCAACGUAACCACAGCUCUAAGUAGAUCCAUGGCUAAUGUUGGAGGUCCAAAACCAAGCAAGCGUCGCCUAUUAAUGUCGGUGACAACAUCAAUUCUGUUGUACGGUGCCGAAAUCUGGGCAGACGCAUUCAGAAUAGAAAAGUAUAGUAAGCGGAUGGCAGAUGUGCAAAAGCUGAAAGCGCUUAGAGUGGCUUGCUCUUCCCGCACGGUUUCGGAGCCAACUAUACUUGUGGUAGCUAGAGUAAUACCAAUCGAUCUUCAAACCAGGAAGCGCAAUGCACAGUGUGACUACGGAGAUGCGGAAAAAGACGAUGCUUACCAUACGUUCUUCGUAUGCAAGAGAUGGACCGCUCACAGACAAAUCCUAGAGCAACAGAUCAGUAAUAUAACGCCAGAAAACAUCUUUAAAAGAAUGCUCACUAGUGCCGAAAACUGGGACAGGGUAGCUGUACAUGGUGAGACUAUGCUACGGCAUAAGAAGCAAGAACAGAGUCUCAAUCCACCAUGA